CCUUAUCCUCGCACACAUACAUUAGUCGUCGUACCACCGCUGCGGCCAGUAAUUGAGGAUGAUGGCGAAGAAAAACACAUAAAAGCGCGACCACCGUUGAAUCGUUCUAUUCCUCCAAUUCCCGAAUCAAAGUCGAACGACUCUAUCAUGACAAACGUUUCGGAGAGACAUUCGGCAUCGCAAAGUGAACAAAGCUGCUCAGCACCACGAUUCAUUCGACAGCCCUUGCGCAUUAGACAUACUGGACAAGCUGGCGCACCACCCAGAACCAAAGCUUCAGAGGAUACUCUUGCUUCGUCAUCAAAAGUAGCAGAAAGCGAUGGGUCUUUGGUGAUCGAAAACAAAAUGGCACAAAAUUUGGCCACAAAAAGAGCAGUGAUUGUUUCGACACGAAGUCGGCGGUCAGACGAAGUGCCAAGAAGUCCUUUGAUGAGUGUUGCACAUACAGUACGGACGGGCCUUACCAAACUAGGAAGUCGUUUCAGUCGGUCUGAUCCCAAUCAAAAUAUUCGGACAAGUACCAGCUUACUGAGGUAA